AUGGCUGGGUUUGCUGAUCCACAGUCCCUGGGGGACCUCUCUACGAUCAUCGAGCGCACGCUCCUUGACACCGGUCGUGUGUUUCGCAAGUCCGGUUCCAUGCCAUCCAGAGCCCAUGUACAGCGAUCUAUUCCUUUCUACCAUGAAAGCUUCCAGAAUGCCCUGGAUAACCUGUCAGAACAAAUUUUCAUCGCCAAGGCAUUUUUGGAGAAAGACUAUGAAGCACUGAAAGCGACCAGCGCUCCUCAAUCCAUUGCAGAUGUGGCCAUGAGCGAUGUCAACCAAAAAGUAGAGCCUGAACUUCAACCUCUAGCUGAGAAAGCCGAGUCCAGUACGGAGCUUGAGCAGCCGGCGCUUAAGCUAGAAGAGGAGACUGUGAACCAACCAGCUCCAGAAACCAAACCCGACACCCAGGAUGACCAUGUAGUCGUCAAAGAGGAGAGCGAGAGUAAAGCACCCGACUCAGCAUUUCCCGGCACCAACGAGGAACUUAACUUUGACUCCGUUCUCAACACUGGCGGCACCAACGACUUUGACCUCAGUCUCGACUUUAACGAUAAUGACAUGGGCAAUCAAGCAUUCCUUUCAGGAUCCAACUUUGCCGGCGCGAGCGCCACGGGAACAGCCGAGAAGCCGAACACAUCACAAGCACAGCCGAUGGAAGCCACCGCCUCCACCGGUGGCGGUGCAUUUGACAUGGAACUUUCCAAGACAGAUGGAGAUGAUAAUUUCCUACAAGGCAAUGCUACGGAUGAUUUCAUGGGACCGGCUGAAUCUAACUUUGAUGAUCUAUUCAUGGAUACAGAGAAUUUUGGGGAAAAUAGCGGUGACUUCAAUCAGCUUGAAGGGGAUACUCUGAUGAAUGUCAAUGAGCUGGAUGACAAUUGGUUUAAUUAA